UGUCAGACACCACAGAAGAAGAAGGUUCUGUUUCAGGAAGUUGUAACAGGAAUAAUUAUGUGUCUAACGUUGUCGUUGGUUAAAUAGUUUUUGUGAUGAUUAAUUCAAACGUUAACUUUGUGGGCAAUGCAUGAACAUUCACACAGCUUACAAUAUGGCUAAUAUAGCAAGGACCGGAGACAUUAUCCAUUUAAACGUUGGAGGAAAAAGGUUCAGCACCUCCAGACAGACAUUGACAUGGGUCCCAGACUCCUUUUUCUCAAGAGAUGGCAUGUGGUCAUUUGCUGUAGCUCAGUACGGUCUAACUAGUGAGAUGUGUUGUCUCUGCCAGUCUUCUAAGUGGGAGGAUCUCAACCUUGAAGGAUGAAACUGGAGCUAUCUUCAUAGAUCGGGACCCAUCUCUCUUUACUCCCAUACUGAACUUCCUGCGUACCAAAGAGUUGUUUCCCAGGUCUAUAAAUGUGCACCUGCUCAUGCAUGAAGCGGAGUUCUAUGGCAUCACUCCGUUGGUGCGUAAGCUGCAGCUUUGUGACGAACUGGACCGAUCUUCCUGUGGAAACGUGCUCUUCAAUGGCUAUCUGCCGCCUCCAGUGUACCCGGCAAAGCGGAGAAACCGCCACAGUGUGGCGGGACCUCAGUAUAUGGUGGGCUGUGCCUUGCCCAUGGAGAGGGCUCCAGUGAGACGCAGCAACACCAUGCCACCCAACCUGGGCAACGCGGGCAUACUGGGUAAAGCAACGAUUGAGGAGAGGAUAAGUGGUGCUCAGCUUGCUGACCCAGGCAUGGUCCGCAUCAUCUGUGGCCACCACAACUGGAUCGCUGUGGCUUAUGCCCAGUUUGUUGUUUGUUACCGAGUGAAGGAGUCUACGGGCUGGCAGCAAGUGUUCACCAGUCCCCGCCUGGACUGGGUGAUUGACAGGGUGGCGCUCAACGCCAAGGUGAUGGGCGGCUCCCUGGGAGACAACGACAAGAUGGUGGCCGUGGCCUCGGGCACAGAGAUCAUCCUCUGGACUAUCUGUCCCGACGGCAACGGCAACGAGAUAGGUGUGUUCAGUCUGAAUGUCCCCGUGGAGGCUCUCUUCUUCGUGGGGAACCAGCUUAUUGCCACCAGCCACACAGGGAAAGUGGGAGUAUGGAAUGCAGUGACCAAACAUUGGCAGAAUCAAGAUGUGGUUCCCAUUAAUAGCUAUGACACUGCCGGAUCGUUCCUCAUUCUAGGCUGCAACAAUGGGUCCAUAUAUUAUAUAGAUGUUCAGAAGUUUCCAUUGAGGAUGAAGGACAAUGACCUCCUAGUCACAGAGUUGUACCGCGACCCCACGGAGGACGCCAUCACUGCUCUCAGUGUCUACCUCACGCCCAAAACAAUCCCCAAUGUGUCGUCAGGCGACAGCGGCAACUGGAUCGAGAUCGCUUACGGGACCAGCUCGGGCACGGUGCGGGUCAUAGUGCAGCACCCGGAGACCGUUGGCUCUGGGCCCCAGCUCUUCCAGACCUUCUCAGUCCACCGUAGCCCCGUCACCAAGAUCAUGCUCUCUGAGAAGCACCUCAUAUCAGUGUGUGCAGACAACAACCACGUGCGGACAUGGACGGUGACUCGCUUCAGGGGCAUGAUCUCCACCCAGCCAGGCUCCACCCCCCUCACCUCCUUCAAGAUCCUCUCUCUGGAGGACAUCGACGGCCACGGGGGCUGUGCUGCCGGCACUGAGAUAGGUCCGUAUGGCGAGCGAGACGACCAGCAGGUGUUUAUCCAGAGGGUCGUCCCCGACACAGACAAACUCUACGUGCGCCUCUCGUCCAACGGGAAGAGGGUGUGCGAGGUGCGCUCUGUGGACGGCACCUCCAUCACCUCCUUCAUGGUGCACGAGUGCGAGGGGUCCAGCCGCAUCGGCUCACGUCCCCGCCGCUACCUCUUCGGUGGCCACGCCAACGGUAGCAUCCAGAUGUGGGACCUGACCACCGCCAUGGAGAUCGCAGGGAAAGUGGACAUCAGGGCGCUGGGAGGCCCAACAGAGGAGGAGCUCCUGGAGCUGCUGGACCAGUGUGACCUGGCUCUGACCCGUACGCCCGACAUGAGUCCCGCUGCCUCCUUCACCCACUCCUCCACACCCCGAGCCUCCACCUCCAGUUUGCAGUCCCAGCUGAGUGAGAGCUCCAGAGAGCGUGGGACCAGAGGAGGUGUGAGCAGCUCGGGUCCCUUCUCUGGUAGCCUGCCCCGCCAGGCCCCUCCGGUGCCCCUCACCAAGCCCCGGGACAUGGCUCUCUCCAUGGCGGGGUUGGGCAUCCAGCCCCACCACCUGGGUCUGAGCCAGGCCUCCCUCAGCAGCAGUGGCAGCCCCCGGCCCGGCCGCACCGUCCCCCAGGACAGAGACCGGGACGGUGGCAUGGGGUCUCUGCGCAGGGGUAGUUUUGUUGAGCGUUGUCAGGAGCUUGCCAAGGUCUCGGACUCUGCAGGAGGGGCGGAGGGGGGCACGCGGCGCAGCCUGGCUGUAUGCUCGGAGUUGGAGGCUAGACUGGGUCUACGGACCCCCGCCUCUUUCUCCAGCCCCCCUGCAGCCUCCCCAACUUCAUCGCCGCGCCGGCCGCAGCCCACCUCACCCAGCCCUGCCCCUGCUACAAUCGUCAGUCCAACCCGCUCCCAGACCCCCGUGUCGCCUCGUCGAGCUGACACCUCCCCUACUACAGAAGUCCCGCCCCCUGAGGCUGCAGCAGCCACUCCAGAGAGCUCCUCCCCUGUGCCCCCCACCAGUUCUAAACCCCCUAUGAAUGAGACCAGCUUCUGACUGGCUCGGUGAUGUAUGAGUGAGUGGACAAACAAUGGACGCUUUUGGUGUUUCUGAGCAUGUGUGGUUUAGUGACGGCACCUAUUGUCGCAUUUAUGGACAUUUUCUUUUUUAGCAUCAAGGACACAUCAAAUGUCAUUCUUCUGUUUUCAAAAGAUGAAUAUACAACAUAUAUCCAAACUGUCAAUGUGUUGAUGAUACACAUUGUAAAUCUAGCCAUGUAUACAGUUGUUCGGUUGCAUUUGGUAGAGCAGUCCAUUUAAUUAAAUUACACUGAACAAAAAUAUAAAUGCAACAAUUUCAAAGAUUUUACUGCGUUACAGUUCAUAUAAGGAAAUCAAGUCAAUUUAAAUAAAAUCAUUAGGCCCUAAUCUAUGUAUUUCACAUAGCUGGGAAUACAGAUAUGCAUCUGUUUGUCACAGAUACCUUAAACAUUUUUGUAGUGUGGUCAGAAAACCAGUGAGUAUCUGGUGUGACCACCAUUUGCCUUAUGCAGCACAACACAUCUCCUUUGCAAAGAGUUGAUCAGGCUGUUGAUUGUGGCCUGUGGAAUGUUGUCCCACUCCGCUUCAAUAGCUGUGCGAAGUCGCUGGAUAUUGGUAGGAACUGGAACAUGCUGUUAAACAAAAUCGAAUCCAGAGCAUCCGAAACAUGCUCAAUGAGUGACAUGUCUGAGAAUGCAAGCCAUGGAAGAACUGGGACAUUUUGUGUACAGGUCCUCGCAACAUGGGUCAGUGUAUUAUCAUGCUGAAACAUGAGGUGAUGGCGGCAGAUGAAUGGCACGACAAUGGGCCUCAGGAUCUCGUCACGGUAUCUCUGUGCAUCCGUGGAGGCUGGUGGGCUCAUAGUAAUGGCUGGAAUGGAAUAAAUGGAACUGUGUAUUUAACAAAUCAAAUAUAUGGAAACCACAUGUUUGACUCCGUUCCAUUCCAGCCAUUACAAUGCGUCCGUCCUCCUGUAGCUACUCCCACCAGCCUCCAUUGCCGUGCACUCAAAUUGGCAUCGAUAAAAUGCUCUUUUGUUUGUUGUCCGUAGCUUAUACCUGCCCAUACCGUAACCCCACCGCCACCAUGGGGCACUCUGUUCACAACGUUGACAUCAGCAAGCCUCUUGCCUACACAAUACCGGGAUUAAUCUGUGAAGAGCACACUUCUCCAGUGUGGCCAUCGAAAGUGAGCAUUUGAGAUUUUUUUUAGGAUGAGCACGCAGAUGAGCUUCCCUGAGACAGUUUCCGAUAGUUUCUGCAGAAAUUGUAUUAUUCGGUUGUGCAAAACCACAGUUUCAUCAGCUGUCCAGGUUGGCUGGCCUCUAAACGUUUCUGAUAUCCUCUAUAGAUUUCUCUUUCAGUCUUCCUGCUUUGCGCUACGGUUGGCUUUCUGUACCUUGAAUGAAUCAAUAAGCCUACUGCACACGCAGUAUCAAAUGUAGUGAUGAUUGUUGACGAAGAAUCCGAUGGCAAAUCUAUAGAUAAAUGAUAGACAUUUUAUCAUUCAUAUGUUUAGUUACAUCUGACUAACUUACUGCCAUUUUGGAUCAUUCUUUUUCAAGUCUUCGUCCAGAUCACAACCCAGUGCCUCACGUACCUGUGUUUUAUCUUUUUUUUUUUUUUUUUAUGGGUUAUGACCAUUUUACCCAAACUUCGUUACAAGGACAAGCAACUUGAUUGUGGAGUGAUUCUACCAAAUGUCGGUAGAGGUCUAUCUCUUUGCUUUUUCUGAACACAUGUUUGUGUAUUUAGUGGUUUCUGUCGCAAUGUUAACCGGUUUGAUUGAUUUGUCACUGACAACAACGUAGUUCAGCGGUAUUUCCUGUUGCACCAAUAGCUCAGAUGAAGAGGCGUGUUCAAGUGUCUCUGUUUACUGUCUUGUCUAAUACUUGUCACACUUCUUUUUUUUCUUUUUUGUCUUUCACUUUGGUAGCAUUUGUUUUUCCUCUGCAAUUCCAUGAUGUGCCACAUAAAUGAAGCAGAAAGUCAUACUAUUAAUCAAACUCUUA